AUGGAUUUGAGCACCUAAGAUUAAGUUGCCCCUUGGUUAUAAAGGACCUCUUGGAGAAGCUAGCUAAGGUGACAGGUCAGUAGAUUUUGCAGCCGGAUCGACGGGGCAAGGCAAAGCUUGUAGAAAAAGUUUGAUUCGCCCAAAUUCCGUGAACCUGCGUGGCUGCGUGCAUGGCUUCUUCCCCGGAGGCAGCGCCCGCGCCCUGCUCUUCGUCGACGUGGGUGAUGGAGAAGGUGACGGGAACCCACCUGUUCAAGAUCGCCGACUACUCGCUAGCCAAGGGCAUCGGCGCCGGCAAUCCCAUCUCUUCCGCCACCUUCGACGCCGGCGGCUUCGACUGGGCCAUCGCAUUCUACCCGGACGGUCAAGACAAGGCCAGCGCCAACCACAUCUCGCUCUUUCUCUGCCUCAGAAGCGACGCCGGCAACGGCGUAAAGGCCGCGUUCAGCCUUACCCUUCUUGAUCAGCGCAGGCCCCCCUCCUCGACAACGCGGACGCCGCGCAAUCCUCCUUGCGUGUUCAAGAACGGCAGCGCUUGUUUCGGCUACAAUCAGUUCAUGAGAAGAGACGUUCUUGAGGCUUCCGGCUAUCUGAAAGAUGAUUGCUUGACGAUUCAGUGCACUGUGUCCGUCCUGAAGAGGCCUCGAUUAGAAACGCCACCCAAUGCUCGCCCCGUCAGUCUGCCGCCCUCCGACUUGCACCGCCAUCUCCGCGAGCUCCUAGAGAGCGGAGACGAGACCGACGUGACCUUCGAGGUGUGCGGGGAAACCUUCCCCGCGCACCGGCUGCUGCUCGCCGCUCGGUCGCCGGUGUUCAGGGCAGAGCUCUUCGGCCCCAUGAAGGAGAGGAGCGCGAAGCGCAUAAAGAUCGACGAUAUGGAGACUCUCGCCUUCAGGGCUCUGCUGCACUUCAUCUAUUCGGAUUCGCUGCCUCUGGAGUUGGAGGAGCUGGCGAAGGAGCCGUCGGCCUCGAUGUUUCAGCAUCUCCUUGCUGCCGCAGAUCGGUACGGGCUGGAGAGGCUGAGGUUGAUCAGCGAAGAUAGGUUGUGUCGGAACAUUACCGUGAGCACGGCGGCCACUACGCUGGUGUUGGCGGAGCAGCACCAUUGCAGUCGGCUCAAAGAAGCUUGCCUCGAAUUCUUGGCCUCGCCCAAGUCGCUGAUAGAUGUUAUGAAAACAGACGGAUUCGAGCACCUGAAAAUUAGUUGCCCCUCGGUUGUAAAGGAGCUCGUGGACAAUGUUAAUUAGCUAACACGAUCGACAGAUAACAUUGAGAUACAAAAUUACUUCAAUCAUGUAGUAUUUCUCAUGUAAUUGGGGAAAAUCUUAUUUCAGAUCUGUCAAUUUAGUUAGCCUCAUGUUGCAGGGGUUGGAUUCUAGAUGAUUUUCUAUAGUAGCAUUAGGUUAUUCGUACUUUGUGCAAUGUUAAAAUACAGCUGAACCAACAUGCCUUUUUGUCAUAGCUGUGAUACUUUAUUUUCUUCUUCUUCUUC